AAACAGAACACACACAUUAUUGCAUCGUGUAGUCAGACAGGGCAACAUGUUGUAAUGUUGUAAUGCCCAACAUUACAACAGUGUUGGGCAUGUCUUAAUGCUAUUAAGUUGUUCCUACAAUAAAGCCAGCUCAACUGAGGAUAAAGCCUCUGUAUCUGGUAAUUGAUAUCUGAAGAUAUCACACAGAUAAUAAUGCUCUUGUGUAUCAACUUUUUGUGGAUUUUCACACUCAAAGCUUCCUUGACAAAGGGUUCAACAUUUCAAUCUUUAUCAACAGAUCUCAAGCAGUAAAACAGAGCUUAGAGAGGAACUUCAAAAAGAGAAGUUCAUUUGUUCGUAUCAUGAACAACGCCAUGUGGUUUUGACAGGUAAAAAAACCCACAACCGGUACAAGGCUUUAACUCUGUGGUGUGCUUGUUAGAGAAAACAGAACACACACAUUAUUGCAUCGUGUAGUCAGACAGGGCAACCGGACAGAGACUCGAUAAUGUCUAUCUUCGUGAUACUGGGGCUGCUGGUCUGCAUCAUAGCGGCACAAGGGCCCAGUGCUGUGACUCCUGUGUUUGUGCAGAAGGGAGGGGAUGUGCUUCUGAAUGUUGAUGCUGAUGUUCCUGUGGAUUUUUUUAUUGUUGAGUGGAACUUCAAUAAAACGGUCGUUUUAGUAAGAUUUCCAUCUGGUAGAGAACCAUUAGUCCCUCCUGUUUAUGCUGGAAGGAUUGAGUUUCUUGAGAAAAAAUACUCUGUGAAAUUGAAGAAUCUACAAGAGGCAGACAGUGGAGUUUAUACUGCAAAAGCCUCAUCAACUGUAGACCAAACACUAGCUGAAUACAACGUCACAGUUCAAGGUCCAGUGUCUCCAGUUAAUCUGACAGUGAUCUCAGUAGACUCCAGAAGCUCAGAGUGUGACCUCACUGUCACAACCUCUGGUGCUUCCCUCCGCAUCUACCUGUCGAGUAGCUCAAUCAUCUGUAACCAUAGCAACCAGGUCAGCUGGACCAAGGUCAUUAAAAUAAUUGAACAUGUUUGCCUCCAACCUGAUGAUCCAGUGUGUCCUCCUGCUGGUAUCUCUGUGUGCCUGCUGAAGAUAGUCGUGUUCUCUGUCGGUCUGAUCAUCAUGGUGUCUGCUGUCAUCACUGUUCACCUCAUGGAGAAGCUCAAGAAGAACAAAUAAAUAAAUAGUUCUCUACCAGCCAAUCUUACAUUUAUGUAUGUCACCCUCUUUAGUUAAACGUACCCUGUUUUCUUUGUAUUGCUCGAGCCCUCAUGGUACACAUUCCUGCCACUGAUCUUAUGCUAUUCCACUGAUCCACAGUUGGUGGCAGUAACACACCAAGAAAUGAAGUAGUGCGCCAACAAAGGUGAAGAGGUAGAAGACUGCAAGCAACCAAACAUGGAUGUAUACCAUUUAGGAUUUAAAGUAUUUGUAAAAAUCAGCUUUGCAAAUGUUUCAUGAGGAAGGAAACUGAUUCAACACGUUAAUAAGGCUUCAAAGAUACUAACAAUGCAUUUUGACAAGUAAGGAAACAAGAAAACUGCACAGGACACCUUUAAUACAAAUGCUGAUUAUUCUUGAUUAUCCAUUGAUUGUACCCAAUAAUCACUUUUCUCACUUUGUAAAUAAAAUGUUUGUACAGAAAUAACCAUGUUAAAGAUUUUUUUGGAUGAUAAAAAAA